CCCACCCACCCACCCAUUCCCUUCCCCUCAGGGCUGCUCUGCUUGUGCUCCUCCUCCUCCCUUCCAUGGCGGCACACGCCGGAACCCUAGUUCCACACCACCUCCCCGUGCGCCUCGCGGUCGCCCACCCCAGACCGGUCACCCAUCCUUCCUGCUCCCUCCUCCGCCCGCGUCUCCCCCGCCUCGCGGUCGCCCGUGCGGCCUCCCGCGGCGGCAACGGCGACGGCGGGCCCCCGGCGGAGGGGGAGAAGGAGCGGCGAGCCCCGUCGUUCCCGGCGCUUUCGGAGAUCCGGUGGGGCGAGCUGCUGUCCCCUGACCCCGCCAACGCCGCGGCCGUGGUGCUCACGGGCGCGCUCGCGUGGGCUGGCGCCUCGCUGCUGCUGCAGAUCGCGCUCAUUUCCGCGGCAAUCUUCGCUGCCGCCAUCAAGUACUCGUUUGUUGCCGCGCUCCUGCUCUUCGUCCUUAUCGCGCUGCUGUGACUGUGAUCAACCCGCCCAAGUUUUGAUUGGCCUUGCAGAUUCAAGUUGCAGAGAUGGCACUCGUGGCAAACAUACACUGACUUUGCUUUGCUCUCAAGUUGAUACGCAUGCAUUGACACGGCUUGCUUUUAUAUAGCAAUCCACCUUCAAGGGAAUAUGACCUUUGGGCAGCAUUGGUUGCAUCUCUGUGGGCCACUUGAAAGCACCUUGCAGGUCACUGUACAUCUUUAUUUAUGCUCCUGUAAAUUCUCAUGAACAUUGUAAUAUGAUAUAGUUGUAUAUUUGUGUUAUGAUUAAGUUAACUCAUCUUAAGAUUCUGCUCCACUAUUCUGCGUGUAAGGAGAAUUUGUUGUUAUUGCUUACCCUGAACAUAACGACAUGUUGGUAGAUUUGAUGUUUAA